AUGGAUACUGAUGCAGAAAGAGAACAGCUGCUUAUUAACAACCCUUCAAAGUCAUCGUCGGUUAAAUGCGAUAUAGUCAAUGAAUGCCAAAUGUUCUUGAAUGCAGAAGAUGGUGGUGGUGAUGCUCAUACAAAUAUGAAUCGAAGUGCUACAAAUGAUACUGUUCUAUUGAGAUUUGCUGGUGUAAAAUAUAUCACUACAUUUUUUUGUAAUAAGUUAAAUAAUAACCUACAAAUGGUGAAAAGAAGAAAUGCAAAAAAAAGCAAAUCUAAUUUUUUUACUUCUACUCCUUAUCCAACAAGGGCAAUUAUAUCAGAGGAUAUUAUUGUAGAUUCUAAUCCGGAACAUGAUCUUGAAGCCAACGAGAAACAAAAUGAAGGUACAUCCAAAGCUCAAGAAUCAGAGGACUGGUUGCCGAGUACAGUGACAGUUUUAGACGCCCCUGAUGGAGGUAAAGUUUAUUUGGUAGGAACUGCUCAUUUUAGUUUGGAGUCACAGGAGGAUGUUUCUAAGGUAAUACAAAAAGUGUGUCCACAUAUGGUAAUGGUGGAGCUGUGUGAGCAACGCACCAACAUCCUAUUACUUGAUGAAGAAAUUAUAUUGCGGGAGGCAAAGAACAUUAAUAUAGCAAAGAUAAGGGCAACAAUGGCUCAAAAUGGUGUUUUCAAUGGCUUAAUGUAUAUUCUACUGCUAAACAUGACAGCUCAUAUAACGAGAGAACUUGGUAUGGCGCCCGGGGGAGAGUUCCGGCGGGCUAUGGCGGAGGCCAAGAAGAUUCCAAAUUGUAUCGUGCAAUUAGGAGAUCGUUCAAUAAACAUAACUCUUCAGAGGGCUAUCUCGUCCCUUUCGUGGGGACAAACUAUACGAUUCAUAUGGCAUUUACUUACCUCUAACCAGAAUAUCAGCCUGGAGGAGGUAGAGCGUUGCAAGCAGAAGAAGAUGUUGGAGGAUAUGCUGGAGGAGAUGGCGGGGGAGUUCCCGCCGCUGAAGCGCGUGUUCGUGGUCGAGCGCGACAUGUACCUGUGCCACUCGCUGCAGGUCGCCGCCAUGCAACCGCGCCGUGAGCCGUGUCGGAUAGUAGGCGUGGUGGGCAUCGGACACGUGGCCGGCAUCGUCGAACAUUGGGGCAAGAUGGAGCCGCAGGAUAUAUCGCCUUUGCUCCAGAUCCCGGCGGCGUCGCUGUCGACGCGCGUGCUGCGCGUGUCGGCGCGCGCGGCGUGCGCGGGCGCGCUGCUGUACGCGCUGUACCGCCUGGCGCCGCGCCGCUGGCUGCCG